CAGUGCUGUAGAACUCUUCCCAUAUUUCCUCUCUUUUUUGUUUUCUUUCUUUGAUAACUUCCUCUGAGUUUUUUGUGCUUGGCAGUUGAUAUCUGAGUUCUUCUAGUAGGAAAUUUUCCUUGCAGAGUUCGUAUGUUAGUCUGGAUUGUGUGUUCUAAGGAAGCCCUAGCGCUAGUUUAAGGUAUCUUGCCUUCACUUGUUCUAUUUUUCCGCAGGUUUUGUUUGGAUAGUUUUUCCCAGGUUAUCUCUAUACCAUAUAGUAGUAUGGGACAAAUUAUUGCAUGGAAUAUUUUCAUUGCUGUUUCUAGCGAUAAUAGUUGCAGGUUUCGAAUGGUGUAUAUAGCCUUGAUGGCUGCUUUGCAUUUUUCUGUUAUGUGUGCCGUGAUUGUUGUAGAUGUAGACUGCAGUGUUAGGACGAGAUAUUUAUAUAGUUUUACUGAUUUUAUGUGUUCUCCAUUAAAUUUUAUUUCAUCAUUUUUUCCUUUUUUCCCUCCUUUUCUGAAAGUCAUUAGUUGAGUUUUGUUUUUAUUUAUUUGUAGCUUGUUAUGUCUUGCCCAGUUCUCCAGUGUAGUGGAGGCUUCCUGUAGCUCCUCAGUAUUUUUCCCUCCAAUCGUCAUAUCGUUUGCGUACAUAAUUAAUUGUACCGCUGUGUGUUUUUCCAUUGUUUUGGCCAAGUCUGCUGUUGUAAUAUUGAAUAGUAAUGGGCUGAGGGGGUCCCCUUGCAGUACGCCAUUUGUUUGGGUUAUUUCUUCGGAUUCUGACACCAUGUCUUUUAUUAUGAUUUUAUUGUUUUUGAGGAUGUCUCCUAUUAGUCUUGUUGUUGUGUUUUCUUCUCCUACUAUUUCCCUCAGUUUUGUUGUGAUUAUACUCCUGUCGAGUAGGUCGAAUACCUUGCUAUAAUCUAUGAAAACUACAUGGUAUUUUCCUCAUGGAUGUCUUAAUGCUUCUUCAGUUGCUUCUAGUAGUGCCGUGAUGGCUUGUAUCGUUGAUCUUUGUGGCCGAAACCCAAAUUGAUUUUCCGGGAUAAGUGAGUCUACUGUUGUUAAACAGUCAGUUAGGGUUUUGGUCAGUAUCUUGAACAUUGUGUUUUCUAACGCUACCCCUCGGUAGUUGUUCGUGUCUUCUGGGUCUCCUUUUCCCUUGUACAGUACUUUCGCAAAUAAUCGAAUCGCAUAAGUGUCAGCUAAUCAGAGGAUCUUAAAUUUCGGUUGAAGGGUUUGGGCUCUUUGGGCGUUGUUUCUGUAAUCCUGCGUAGUUUCUGAAAAUAUGGGAAAAAAAAAUUGUUCUGCUGAAGCAUGCACGCCUUCCAGUGAAGAAACUGGAUUGAGAUUCCUCAAUUUUCCCAGAGAUUCAGCACGGGCUAUGGUAUGGGCAGGAAGAGUUGGGUUAUCCUGUACUACUGAUUCUGCUAGAAUGCUGUACGAUAAAGUUCUGUGCAGCAAACAUUUCUCUGAAAGUGAUUUCACUACAGCUGAAAGGGUACACCUUAACAGAUGUGCAGUUCCAUAUGGCACAGAUUCUGCUGCACAGUCACUCCCACAACCUCCUGAUACUUCAUUACACACACCUUCCUUUGAUACCUUGCCUUCAGAUUUAUCUCCUGUACAUGAUCUUAAAGUCCUACCGCCCACCAGAACCUACAGCAAGACACUUGUGCCCUCUGCUGUAGCACCUGUUCCUAUUCAUGCAGACAGUCCUUCCACUUCCUUUCAAAUGUCUGCAAUCCAAUCCUCACCAACAGCAGGCAACACUUCUUCAGUGAAAGAAACCUCCUAUCUCUUAGGCUCUGGAAAUAUAUAUGCUUCUGAUGGGGCACUCGGGCAUAUCAGUUGUCAAAGUUCCUCCUCAAAGCCGAGAGCAAGGCGUUCUCUGCUGAAAGAACUUAAUUUGGCUUCGCUUUCUGAAUUGACACCGAAGAAAAGGAAAUUAUAUGCACAAAUUCGGAAUAAGGAGAGUGCACUCUGCAAACUGAAAAAGAAAUACAAAGGAAAGAAGUUGGAAAAUCUCUGUGAUGUGGACAGUGAUCCACUCAUGGAGAGACUUUCAUCUUCUCUCAGUGUAGAGGCUGCUAGAUUAUUGGCAGCAAUUAUUAGGAAUAGCAGGCAAAGACCUCAGGGAAGGAGGUGGGAUUUCAAAGAGAAAGUGUUGGCUCUCUCUCCACUUAAGCAUAGUCCCAAAUCCUAUAUUCUUCUCCGCACACUACUCCCCCUCCCAUCCAGACGAUCCUUGCAGUCUCUCCUCAGUACUGUUCCAUUUAGGACAGGCAUCAAUGCUCGUGUGUUUCAUGCACUCGAACAGUCUCUGCAGAAAAUGUCUGGUGAAGAUCGAUAUUGUUGUCUCAUGUUUGAUGAAAUGUCAAUCAGAGAGAACUUGCAUUUCAAUCAGAAGUUUGACUGCAUUGAGGGUUUUGAGGAUUGUGGAAGUCAGGGCAGGACUUGCAGCAUUGCAAAUCAUGCUCUGCUCUUCAUGAUCCGUGGAAGCAGCCCGUGGCUUACUACUUCACUCGUGGAAGCACAAAGGCAGAGAUGGUUGUGCAAUACUUGAAGGAGGUUCUUGACGCCUGUCAGAAUGCUGGCCUGAAGGUGGUUGCCACUGUGUGUGACAUGGGUGCCAACAAUGUCAAGGCCUUGAAACUGUUGGGUGCUUCCAAAAGGAAACCAUUCUUCAGAUUUCACAAUCAAGAAACUGCAACAGUGUAUGAUCCACCCCACCUUCUGAAGUGCACCCGGAACCUUUUCCUGAAACAUGAUGUGCAGUUGAAGUCUGAACAUGUGAGCACCCAACUUCCUGUUAUUGCUAAGUAGGACCACAUAUUGAAACUGUAUGAAAUCGACAAAACCAGACCGUUUCACCUGUUGUAUAGGCUGACAGGACACCCACCUGAACCCCACAGCACAGAGCUCAGUGAAUGUGCGCUUGGCUGCACAGGUCAUGAGCCAUACCUACUUUGAACUUGAGCUGUAUCUCUUUCCUGCUUUGCAAACAUGUUGUAGUGAAUGAUAACAUGGUCAACCACAGUUUGAUUACAUACAAGAAACUAUUUUGAACUUGAGCUCCAAAUCUUCGCCUCUGUGCAAACAUGUUUCCUUCGUCUCAGAAUAUUAGAACUUCACUGUGUUACGAGUUCAUUCUGGCCUUUAUCUUCAAGAAAUUAUAUUUCAAUCGAGUGUAUGGAAAAUUGUUUUCUGACACACAUGGGUCUUCUUUAUGUGCAGGUAAGAAUGAAGAGGCAUUACUUCAUAAUUGACUUGCAAAGUUCAGGUUAGAAGCAGAAUUAGUAUCAGGAUUGAAUGUGGGUAGGACUAUUUAUGUAAUUUCUCUACCUAUUUCAUUUUCAUUACAUUGUUAUUCACUUCUGUUGUUAUAGGUGUGUAUUCCUUCUCUUGCUUUUGCCAUAUAAUGCUACCUGUACGUACUGGACUGGUGAACAUGAACAUAAGAUUUUCAAUACUAACUGCAUUUCUUUAACAUAUAUUAUUAAUAUAUAUGAGACAAAC